AUGGCAGGAGGUAGGAAUGAUUGUGCAAUCGCUGAUGCUCUACAAGCGAUGGCUCAGGCUCUUAGUACUUUGAACCAAAGACUAGAGAUAUUCCAAGCUUUGGGAUGUCCUUUGGUGCAGAAGGUGACUUUGGAUGCCUUCAUGCUUUCUAGAGAGGCUGGGGUUUGGUGGCAAGGUGCUUUGCAAAGAAUGAUGGCUGCAGGUACCCAAGUGGAAUUCCUUGAGUUGAAGCAAGGAGAGGACUCUGUGGUUGAGUAUGUGACUAAGUUUGAAGACCUGGUUAGAUUCUGUCCCAUGUAUAAUGGUGUGGGUAAUGAAGAGGACAAGUGGGUGAAGUUUGUGAGUGGUCUUUGCCCUGAGAUCAAACAAGUUUUCAAUUACCAAAGGAUCACUCAAUAUCAUGAAUUGGUAAAAAAGUGCCGAGUCUAUGAUGAAGAAACCGUGCUAGAGUAA